AUGGCGCGUACUAAGCAAACUGCCCGCAAGUCUACUGGUGGCAAGGCUCCCCGAAAGCAGCUUGCCACCAAGGCGGCCCGCAAGUCGGCCCCAACGGCCGGUGGCGUGAAGAAGCCUCACCGUUACAAGCCUGGUACGGUGGCGCUCCGUGAGAUUCGUCGCUACCAAAAGAGCACUGAGCUACUGAUCCGCAAGCUCCCGUUCCAGCGUCUUGUUCGUGAGAUUGCGCAGGACUUUAAGACGGAUCUGCGUUUCCAAUCAUCGGCGAUUGGUGCUCUGCAGGAGGCUAGCGAGGCCUACCUUGUCUCGCUGUUCGAGGACACCAACUUGGCUGCAAUCCACGCCAAGCGUGUGACCAUUCAGCCCAAAGACAUUGCCCUUGCUCGCCGUCUCCGUGGUGAGCGCUCGUAA